AUGGCAAAAAAGUUCAGUAAAAAAUCCAAGAAAAUUAGGGCCGUAGAGGAGCUAAUGAGCCAGAGUUUGCCAAUUCUGGAGGUAAAGUAUGUUGACCCGUUGUUUCAAAUGAGAUUACACCCAACCAAACCCCUCUUCUACAGUGGGUUGGGUAAUGGGUAUAUUUACUGUCAUUCGUACAAGCCGGAGGAAUUGCAGAGAAUUGUGGACGUCAACAAACGUAAGUACGAACAGUCGGACUACAAGGGUGAUGUGAAAGUUUGGACAUGUCAAGAAGUCGGCGGUAGCAACAGUAAUGACAAAGAGGACGCGCCUGUCAAGGUUGUAUGGAAAACUAAAAGGCACAAGGGAAGCGUAAGAAGUCUGUGUUUGGAUAAUGACGGGUCAUUUAUCUACUCAAUUGGUACGGAUAAUGUUCUCAAGAAGGCUGUCGCAGAUACUGGGAGUGUAGUGAAGAAAAUAUCGUUGAAGGACCAAACAUCAAGCUUUUUUACCAAAAUGAUCAAAUCGCCGACUCAUCCGUGCCUCAUCUUGGGUGACGAAAACGGAAAUGUGAUCGUGAUGAAUAGCGAAACGUUAAGGGUCACGAAUAAGGUUGUCAAAAUUCAUAAUUCUGAUGCGAUCAAUGAAAUUUUCCAAUUUUCGAAACGUUCAGUACACAAGUAUAUCUCAUUAGGUCAAACAACUUUAGCAUAUUGGGAUUGUAGAGAAUCAAAUGAAAGUGAUUUCGAUAUUAAAGAUGAUGACGAAGACACGAAAAGAAAAGUUUUGUUAAGUGACGAUCAGGAAGACGAAUUACUCUGCGGUACAUUCGUUGAUCCCGAAGUUGCUGAUACCGUUGUUUGUGGCAUGGGAGAAGGUAUAUUGACGGUAUGGAAACCAAAGAAGAACGAUUUGGAAGAUCAGGUCAACAGAAUUAAGAUAUGCAAAGAAGAAAGUAUUGACUGCAUAGUGCCGACCUUGCAAGAUGAUAAUUGUGUAUGGUGUGGUUGUUCCAAUGGCAAGAUCUACAAAGUUAAUGUGAAAAGUGGUCGUAUAGUAGAAAUCAGAAAGCACAGCAGCCUUGAUGAAGUUGCGUUUUUAGAUUUGGAUUUCGAAUACAGAAUUGUAUCCGGCGGCAUGGAUAAGCUCCUUCUUUGGGAGGCGCAGGAUGAAGAAGCGCAUGAUUCGGAUUUCAAGGACAGUGAUUCCAGCGUAAGCAAAGAUAGCGAUGGCGAUCAAUCUGAAGACUACAACGACGAAUCCGAUGUCUGGGAAGGCUUUGAGGAUAUUAAGAGUGAUGUCAUUGUUGAUAGUGAUAUUGAUAGUGAUGUUGAUAGUGACGCAGCGUCUGAUUCUGAUACUGAAAAAUCCAUCGGGCUCUCAAGAGAAGAGAUUUUGGCUGAAUUGAGUAAAGAUCUUUCCGGUGAAGACGAACCAAAUGUCGAGACGCCGACGAAGAGAGCUCAUGUGGAGACCAAUAAAGAUUCAAACAAACGCAAAGAUAAAAAGAGAAAAUUGCCCGUCAAAAAGGCGAUAAAUAAUUCACACGGAAUUACAAAGUUUGAUGACCUCUAG